AUGGAAUCGCAUUUGAACUCGAUCGAUCACGAACAGUCGGAGUAUCAUCGCCAAUGCCAAUGUCAAGAUGAAGAGGACGAUGACUGUUACCAAGAUGAGGAAGGCGAUCCUUGCUAUUGCGAAGAUGAAGACGAUGUUUCCUAUUACCCACACCAGGGAGCUGCUGUUCCCUAUUACUACAACCAGGGAGGCUCUGUUUCUUAUCGCCAAGGCAAAGGGGUUAUAUGCCCCUUCUGUGGAGCAAAUUAUCGAGCCGCCAGUGGCAUUGCCCACCACCUUGAACGCGGUUGCUGCCCUUGUGCACCCUUAGAUCGAGAUACUAUGUAUCAAGAGGUCAGAAGGCGAGAUCCAGACGGCAUCAUCACCAACCACUUUCUUGAAUGGCAACCCACCAUCCAUUACCAAGCCACAGAGCUUGCCUAUAGCCCGUAUUUGGGCGAAUACGAGUGUUAUCUCUGUCACGACUCAUUCCGACGGUUGUCGAGCCUGAACCAGCACCUUGAAUCACCUCGACACCAGCAGAAUUUGUAUCACUGCCCGAACAGAUCCUGUAUCAGAGAGUUCACGACACUCGCCGGACUCAUCAACCACUUGGAAAGCGAAUCGUGCCGUUUCAUGCGGUUCCAGGCCAUUCAGAAUGGUAUGCGUGGACUUGUCCUCUCGUCUCGAGGCAUCGAAUUUUAUUGA